AUGGAUAUAAAAAGGAAUGGAAACCACAAACAAGAGUCAGGGGAACGGAAGGAGAUGGGACCGGGGGGAACAGAAGGAGACGGGACCGGGGGAAUGGAAGGAGACGGGACCGGGGGAAUGGAAGGAGAAGGAGACGGGACCGGGGGGAAUGGAAGGAGACAGGACCGGGGGGAAUGGAAGGAAACGGGAGGUCAGGGGAACGGAAGGAGACGGGACCGGGGGGAAAGGAAGGAGACUGGACCGGGGGAAUGGAAGGAGAAGGAGACGGGACCGGGGGGAACAGAAGGAGACGGGACCGGGGGAAUGGAAGGAGAAGGAGACGGGACCGGGGGGAAUGGAAGGAGAAGGAGACGGGACCGGGGGGAAUGGAAGGAGAAGGAGACGGGACUGGGGGGAAUGGAAGGAGAAGGAGACGGGACCGGGGGGAACGGAAGGAGAAGGAGACAGGACUGGGGGGAAUGGCAGGAGAUGGGAGGUCGGGGGAACGGAAGGAGAAGGAGACGGGACCGGGGGGAUUGGAAGGAGAUGGGACCGGGGGAAUGGAAGGAGAUGAGACCGGGGGAACGGAAGGAGAAGGAGACGGGACCGGGGGGAUCGGAAGGAGACAGGACCAGGGGGAUCGGAAGGAGACGGGACCGGGGGGAAUGGAAGGAGACGGGACCGGGGGGGUCGGAAGGAGACGGGACCGGGGGAACGGAAGGAGACGGGACCGGGGGGAUCGGAAGGAGACGGGACCGGGGGAAUGGAAGGAGAAGGAGACGGGACCGGGGGAACGGAAGGAGACGGGACCAGGGGGAUCGGAAGGAGACGGGACCGGGGGAAUGGAAGGAGAAGGAGACGGGACCGGGGGGAAUGGAAGGAGACAGGACCAGGGGGAUCGGAAGGAGGCGGGACCGGGGGGAUCGGAAGGAGACGGGACCGGGGGGAACGGAAGGAGAUGAGACCGGGGGAAUGGAAGGAGAAGGAGACGGGACCGGGGGGAUCGGAAGGAGACAGGACCAGGGGGAUCGGAAGGAGGCGGGACCGGGGGGAUCGGAAUGGGACGGGACCGGGGGGAUCGGAAGGAGACGGGACCGGGGGGAACGGAAGGAGAUGAGACCGGGGGAAUGGAAGGAGAAGGAGACGGGACCGGGGGGAUCGGAAGGAGACAGGACCAGGGGGAAUGGAAGAAGAAGGAGACGGGACCGGGGGGAUCGGAAGGAGACAGGACCAGGGGGAUCGGAAGGAGGCGGGACCGGGGGGAAUGGAAGAAGAAGGAGGCGGGACCGGGGGGAAUGGAAGAAGAAGGAGACGGGACCGGGGGGAUCGGAAGGAGACGGGACCGGGGGGAAUGGAAGAAGAAGGAGACGGGACCGGGGGAUCGGAAGGAGACGGGACCGGGGGGAAUGGAAGAAGAAGGAGACGGGACCGGGGGGAUCGGAAGGAGACAGGACCAGGGGGAUCGGAAGGAGGCGGGACCGGGGGGAUCGGAACGGGACGGGACCGGGGGGAUCGGAAGGAGACGGGACCGGGGGAAUGGAAGGAGAAGGAGACGGGACCGGGGGAAUGGAAGGAGAAGGAGACGGGACCGGGGGGAAUGGAAGAAGAAGGAGACGGGACCAGGGGGAUCGGAAGGAGACAGGACCAGGGGGAUCGGAAGGAGAUGAGACCGGGGGGAACGGAAGGAGACAGGACCGGGGGAAUGGAAGGAGAAGGAGACGGGACCGGGGGGAAUGGAAGGAGACGGGACCGGAGGGAAAGGAAGGAGUCGGGACCGGGGGAAUCAGAAGGAGACGGGACCGGAGGGAACGGAAGGAGACGGGACUUACCUUUGCAAGAGGUGGCAGUUGUUCCAAAAAGCUCCGGUAA